AUGGUCGCCUUCCAAGCGCAAAAUGUGCGAGCGUGGGUCGUGCUUGGCAUACUUCUGUGCAGCUCGGCUGCCGACCCAAGGCGACUCUCGGACUCCACGGAGUGCGAUGCCCCGUGCCAGCCCGGCCAGUUCAAGGCCCUGCCCCUGGUGGCGCUGUGCGGAGGAGGCGGCUGCACAGUGGAGGACGACAUUCUCAAAGGGAAGUCCCAACUCUUCAUGCAGAUUCCGGUCAACAGCAGCGGCAUCCGUGUGGAGAUGACAACGCGCCAGACGGAUCAGGAUCUGCAAUUAGUUGAUCCUGCCACUGGUAUUUGCGUCGCUGGAGCUGUUGGAGAUACUUGUCCUGACGGCGGCCGGCCUGCAAACGCAGGCACCGGCUGCGCGGAUGAGAACGACUACUGCGUCACUUACGAGGGGAUGAACUGGUACUUCAGCGGGGAUAAGCAACUCGCGCCUGUCUUCGAGAAGCUCUCUCUACAAGGCCAGGUGACGCAGCUGCUUAAUGUUUGGGUGGAGGCGCCAAGUGGAGGGGAGCUGCAGGUUCAAGUCCGGAAUGAUCCCAUUUCACCAUGUCCUGCUCAACUUCCUGGCUGCAUACCCUGUGAACAGUACGAUCGUUGCGGCCCUUUCGACAAGAAGAUUUGUGAUGGCAGUGCAGUCGUCGUUUGCGAAGCCACGACGCAGACCACCACCACAAGCACGCAAACGUCGGUAACUGUCACAAGCUCCACCUCUUCCUCCAGAACAUCGUCCACGACCCUGUCACACACAGUGACGACGAAAACAGCAACCACUACAUCAACUACCACGACUGGUACCUCCACUGCAAGCAGCACCAUCUCAACCACCAGCUACACCGACUCGACGACGCUUACCGCAACCUCCACGAGCACCACGACCUCAAGAAGUACGUCAGGAUCAUCAACAAGUACCUCGGCCACACUAACCAGUACCAGCAGGACUUUCAGCACCACGACCAGCAGCUCCAGUGCGGAGACGGAAACGCGGACUUCAAGUACUUCUUCAAGUAAGACUCUCACCAUUUCCUCGACCACCAGCCAAACGAACACGAACACCCACACCGUCACGACAAGCUCCACUAGCAGAACUGCAACAACAUCGAGCUCCGUGACAACUACCAUGACUUUCUCCAUGACCACGACUUGGUCUACGACUGCAACCUUGACCUCGGAAACCUCAACUUCACAGACUUCCACAUGGACCGAGUCGAGGACCGCCACCUCGUCCUCAUCAACCUCCAGCUCGACGACCUCCAAGUCGCUGACCUCCACGUCGAUGACCGGCACAUCGACAACCUCCGAGUCCUCCACUGCAACCGGCACUGCGAGCUCCACGAGUACCACAGUCACCGGAUCCACGACCAUGUCCAGUACGCUGACACUCUCCAGCACCUGGACGACGACAAGCACCACAAGCUCCCUGAGCGUCACCAGCCAAACGGAGACGACAACUGCAACAAACACCCUGACCACGUCGAGCACCAUUACACGAAGCACGGUGACGACGACGAGCAUCACUUCGACAACUCUCUCUGUCACGACCACCAUCUCGAGCACCACCCUGACCAGCACAACGUCCUCCAGCACUGAGACAUGUGGUUGCUGCGCAGCUUGCAGCAUUGGCGUCAAUUACGUGCCACCGGGGCUGGCAAUGACCGAUGAAGACAACAGUGCAGUCGCACUGUCGGUGGUUGUGCCGGUCAUCCUCGUCCUGCUCAUUUUGAUGGUCCUUAUGGUGGGCUGGGUGUGCAAGCGCUGCAAAGCUCAGGAGAUGGAGCCGACUGAGUUUUUCUCGUUUCCUGCAAUGGACACCUCUGCGGAUGCCAAUGACAAGCGGCAUGUCAAAGUCGGACCAGACGACGAUCCUGCAGAUUCUGAAGACCCGCAAGAGCUCUUGGAGCUCAGAAAGCGGAAUCAGAGCCUGCUGGCAGAGCUUUCAAGCCUCAGGGUCGAGCUUGCUGCCGCCAAAAAGGCUGCAGCCGAACCGGCUGCAGCGCUUGAAAGUCACCGUGCCAAGCAGGAGGUGAUGAUAGCUUCUUGGAAACAUGAACAUGUCCAACUUCAAGGCAAAGUCCACCACUUGCAAUCACUCCUCCAGUACAUGAUCCAUCAUGCCACGGAGCUUGCUCGCAUCGUGCAAGGGGACUGUGCCCAGCAGGGGAAGCUUCACCACCAGGUGGCUGCAGUGAUGCAGAGGAUCCGUGGGCUUCAGGACGAGCUUGCCUCGCCAGCACACCAGCAAGCCGUUGCUGCAGAAACUCCACCCAGCCGCUCCCGUCUCGGCACCGUCGAACCGACUCCAUCCACCCCGCGCAGCCUGGUGCAGGAGCCGGUCGCCGUGGCUCUCCAAGAACCGCUGUCGAUGUCGGGGUCAUCUGCGGUCUUUCCAGAGAACGUGUCGAAGGCUCCUGAUCCGCCGCCGCCACCGCCUCCGGCACCUGCAGUCGAGGAGACUCCGUUCACUUCGGCGCAACUGCAGGCCUUCCGACAGCGGGCUGCAGCCCGCCAGGCUCUUGCAGCAUCGACGGCUUCCGCGACCCGCCUCGCUGCUGCGGCAGCACAGGCUCAGGACCAUGGCGCGCCCUUUUUGCCGCUGCUCCCAAGUCAUGUGCAAAGCCCGCCGAGGAGUGGUGCAGAAGGCACCGACAAUGCACGAGAGAACGAGCAGGACCUCCGCUCCCUGCGUGACAAGUUGUUGCGACGCCACAACCUGAGCCCGCAGACAUGGAACGAGCGAUUCAGGACGCUUGGCCAGUGGACCACGGAGCGAGGGCUCCAGCUGGAAGAAGCUCAGCAAGCGUUGCAGCGUCGGCUCAGACGAGCCAGCUUGGAAUAG